AUGUGUCGAUUCCUGAUAUACAAAGGACGAAAUGAAAUCCGUCUCAGCAAGCUAAUCACGGAGCCAAGUCAUUCCAUCCUCACUCAAUCUUAUGACUCACGUUUGAGACUGGAUAAUCGUCGGCCUGUCAACGGCGAUGGAUUUGGUGUGGGCUUUUACACAGACCCCAAGCUUGGACCUGAGCCUUGCAUAUUUACCUCAACACUUCCCGCGUGGAAUUGCGAGAAUCUCGAGAGACUCGCCUCAAAGACGUGCUCAGAUCUCAUUUUUGCGCAUGUGCGAGCGACCACUGAAGGUGCUCUUGCUGAAAACAACUGCCACCCAUUCCAACACCAAUCCCUGAUGUGGAUGCACAAUGGUGGCAUUGGUGGAUGGAACUACAUCAAGCGUGCACUCGGAAGCUCACUUGCUGACAAGUGGUACCUAGGAGUGAAGGGUGGUACUGAUAGCGAAUGGGCAUUUGCCCUGUUCCUUGACCUGCUAGAGCAAGAAGGAGUAGACCCGAGCUCUGACCCCGGCCCAGAAGGAUUUGGACAGGCACUUCUUCGUCGUGUCAUGAUGAAAACUAUUGCUCGUAUCAACGAGAUGGUUAGGGAGAUCCCCGAGAAAUAUAAUGUCACUGGAGUCGAGACCCGCAGUCUCUUGAACUUCGCCGUGACUGACGGCCAUACCGUUAUCUGCACUCGGUAUAUCAGCAGUAAGACAGACGAGCCCGCAAGUUUGUACUUCUCCUCUGGUACAAAGUGGAAAGAAGGUGAAACAAAGGGCCAUUUCAAGAUGGAACGACACGACAAAGGUGCCGAUAUUGUCUUAGUGGCCAGUGAGCCUAUCACUUUCGAACGACACAACUGGGUGUCUGUUCCUACCAACUCCGUUGUAACGAUUCACAAACAGACUGUGAUGUUACACCCGAUUCUUGAUGAGUUCUAUGGCGAGGAUCUCAAUCAUGACCGUUCCUCCUGCUUUGCCGUAUCCAAGGGCCUUGUCAGCACUGCUCCUGGCACCACCGUUCCGCCGCAGAAGUCGACCGAGCCUUGUGCCCCUUCAGUAUCAGACAAUGGUGCUGGAUUGGAUGAAAUUCGGCCCUCACAUGCCACGGAAUGCGCUGUUUCGCACUAA